AUGGAAAGAGCUAUUCAGGUUACUGUUCCAUCGGUGUUUGGAAAGCCUAAUCCUUCUAGUUUCAUGAAAGGUGAAAGUCUGAAUCCUUCUAUGUUUAGGGAAGGAAGAUCCGGACCUCUUUUGCUGGCUCCUUUAACAGACGGAAAACCAAUCCAACUUGGAGCAUUCAGUGUGAGGGACAAGACAAUGUAUGAUCUCAAAUGGGAUCUUCAUGAAGAGCUUCAUUUUGUGGGUUCUUCUCACGGAUGGAUCAUAGCGUUAGAUAAAUCACUAGAUCUUUUGCUGUACAAUUUCUUCUCUAGGGAAAGCAUUUACAUAUCUGAGAAAAGCGAGAUUCAAGGGCUCGCGGAUUCCAGGAAUACGAUGAACCUGAAGGUGAACCUGAUAUAUAAAGCAGUUUUAACUGCAAAUCCUUCUGGCACUAGUAAUGAAACUUACAGGGUUGUUAUCAUACCUCAUUGGUGCAGUAAACUCGCGUCUCGAGGAAAAAGCGAUGCGAUAUGGACUGUGUUUGGUGAUGCGGAUUACUAUAUGGACAUUAGUUGUUAUGAUGGAAUAUUGUAUGCUGUGGCAGACAAUGGAUAUACAAUCGAGGGAUGGGAAUUCUCAAAGAAUUCUCAUUAUCCCUCAAGAAAGAUGAGCAUAAAAUUGAAUUGGGACACAGAUUUGUCGCUCUCCGCGGAUUAUGGCCCUAAGUUGUAUUUAGUGCCAUCGAAGGAGGAAAUCUUAUAUAUAGAGAGAUGCAUUGACGAGCUUCUAAACGAAGAAGGCGAAAUCAAUUGGGGCUACAAAACAAUCAAGUUUCGAGUUUUUAGAUUGGAUAGGGCUGAAGAGAAGUUGGUGAGGGUGAAAUCAUUGAAGGAUCAAGUGAUUUUUUUGGGUGGGGAGACUAUCUGA